GCUUCUUUUCUUUUUUUUUUUUUGCUCGCUCUCUGCGGCGACUACAGACUAGAGUGGUCUCUGCUUCUUUCCUUUGUCUCUGGUUCUCCGAGGAAAGAUACUACGGUGGUCUCCUCCCAAUCUGCGACGGCGACAGCGCCGAACGGCCCAAGAGUUGGAUCCGUUCAACGUAUGCCCAGCUCAGCAGAGGUGGGGAGUUUGGUACGCUCUUCUUCAGCUCCUGCUCUCGAUUGACCCAAUCCAGAACUGGAUCUAUAAUCUAUUCUCCAGUAGUUCAUCUUGGGCUGAUUUUGCGGAGGACUCUGCAAAUUGGAUUUGAUGGAGCUGCUAUCAAGAAUUUCAAGCCAAAGACAAUGCUAUAGCCGUCUGUAGAUCAGAGAGCAAAGACAAAAAAAAGUCGAGAUAUGGAGGCCGCUGCUGGGGCGUUGAGCCCUGUCCUCCGUAAGCUCGGUGAGCUGCUCGCCGGAGAAUACAACCUGGAGAAGCGAGUAAGGAAAGGUGUACAAUCACUUCGUACAGAACUGGAGAUGAUGCACGCCGUACUUCGUGAGGUUGGCAAGGUGCCGCCGGAUCAGCUCCAGGAGCCGGUUCGGAUUUGGGCUGGCAAGGUGAGAGAUCUAUCUUGCGACAUGGAAGACGCUGUUGACGACUUCCUGGCGCGUGUGGGUGAGGGUUCAGGCAGCAAGCCAACGGACAUGAGGAGUCGAGUCAAUAAGUUCCUCAAGAAGACCACCGAACUGUUUGGAAAGGACAAAGCACUUCAUCAAAUCUGUGAUGCCAUCAAUGAAGCUCAAGAUCUUGCUAAGGAGUUGGCGGACAUGCGUAAAACGUACAAGCUUGACAUGUGUAGCACUACCGACUGUGCUACCAUUGAGCCCUACCAUAUAACUGGUCGAGAUAUGGAGGUCGCUGCUGGGGCGAUGGGCCCCGUCAUCCGUAAGCUCGGCGAGCUGCUUGUCGGAGAAUACAACCUAGAGAAGCGAGUAAAGAAAGGCGUACAAUCGCUCCAAAAUGAGCUGGAGAUGAUGCACGCUGUACUUUGCAAGGUUGGCGAGGUGCGGCCGGACCAGCUCGAGGUGCCAAUCCGAAUUUGGGCUGGCAAGGUGAAAGAACUCUCUUGCGACAUGGAAGAAGCUAUUGACAACUUCAUGGUGCAUGUGGAUGAGGGUUCAAGCAGCAAGCCAGCAAACAUGAGUGAUCGAGUCAAGAAGUUCCUCAAGAAGACCACCAAAUUAUUUGCUAAGAUCAAAGCACUUCAUGAAUUACGUAAUGCCAUAAAAAAAGCUCAAGAUCUUGCAAAGAAGUUAACAGACCUGUGUAAAAGGUACGAGCUUGACAUGUGCAGCACCAGCAAUGGUGCUACCAUUGACCCUCGUGUGUUAGCUCUGCAAAAAGAUGAAGGGGAGCUUGUUGGACUUGACCACACAAGGGAUGAGCUUAUCAAAACACUGAUUUCUGAGGAAGGGAGUUCUAUGGAGCAGUUGAAGACAAUCUCUAUUGUUGGUGUUGGUGGGCUGGGCAAGACAACCCUCACCAAAGCAGUUUUUGAGAAGAUCAAAGCCCAAUUUGAUUGUGCGGCUUUUGUCCAUGUGGGUCAGAACCCGGAUAUCAGGAAAAUUUUCAAGGACGUACUCUAUGGCCUUGACAAAGAGAAGUUCAAAGACAUUCAUAACACAACAAAGGAUGAAAAUCUACUCAAGGAUAUCAGUGAAUUCCUUGUGGAUAAGAGGUACCUAAUCGUAGUAGAUGAUAUAUGGACAGAAGAAAUAUGGAGAUAUAUAAGUUGUGCUAUGUAUAGAAACAAACUCCACAGCCGGGUAAUCACAACAACCCGCGAUAUGAGUGUGUCUCAAGCAUGUCUCUCUUUCCCGGAUGACAUGAUUCACAAGAUGAAACCACUUUCUGAUGAACACUCGCAAAUACUGUUCCAUCAAAGAAUAUUUCAAAGUGAGAAAUGUCCAGAAGAUCUGCAAGUAGUAUCGAGAGAUAUUUUGAAGAAAUGUGGUGGUGUACCAUUAGCCAUCAAUACAAUAGCUAGUCUCUUGGUUAGUAAUCAACGGGUAAAGCAAACAGAUGAGUGGAUACAUUUGCACAAUUCAAUUGGCCGUGGAGUUACACAAGGUGGUAUUAUGAAGGACAUGAGAAGGAUAUUAUCUCUAAGCUAUUAUGAUUUGCCAUCUCAUCUGAAGUCUUGUUUAUUAUAUAUAAGCAUCUUUCCUAAAGACUAUGAGAUUGAGAGAGAUUACUUGAUAUGGAGGUGGGUUGCCGAAGGUUUUAUUAAGUGUGACAAAGUAGAAAGCGGGCUAUUUGAGAUUGGAGAGAGCUAUUUCAACGAGCUCAUGAAUAAGAGCUUGAUUGAGCCAGUGAAAAUCAAUGAGGAAGGAAUGGUAGUAACUUUCCGUAUACAUGAUAUGGUGCUUGAUCUUCUAUGCUCAUUGUCAAGCGAUGAGAAUUUUGUCUCCAUAUUGGAUAAUGCUGAGUGGCAUGCACCUAAUCUGCAAACGAAAUUUCGCAGGUUGUCCCUUCAUAAUAUCAAGGCAGAGGUUCAGAACCAUCAGUUUGAUAGCACUAGAGUGUCAAAAGUGAGGACCUUUGCUGUUUUCUCUCCCGUUACCUGUGAUUGGUUGCCAUCUCUCUCAAGCUUCCACUUUCUACGUGUGUUGGAUCUUGGAAAUUGUGGCAGCCCUGAAAGUAGCUCUGGUAUCAGCCUCAAGUAUGUAGGGAAUUUAAUUCACCUAAGGUACCUAGGGCUGAAGAAUGCAGAUGUUCAAGAACUCCCCGUGGACAUAGGCAAGCUGCAGCUUUUGCAGACACUGGACAUACGAAAAACUAGAAUAAAAGAAUUACCUGCAAGUGUUGUUCAGCUAAGAAAAUUGAUAUGUCUGUAUGUCGAUGAUGGCUUGAGGCUGCCAAAAGGAAUGGGGAACUUGACGUCCCUUGAAGUGCUGGAACAAGUAAAGUUGACAUCAUCUCCUCACAUGGUGAGAGAGUUGAGCCAUUUAACAGAGGUUAGGACACUCACACUUAACUGUCGUCACUUUGACGAGGAUCUGAUCAAUAUAGAUAUAUUAAUCGAGUCUCUAGAGAAUCUGCACAAAUUGCAAAAUCUGGUUAUCGUUCGUGGUCGCAAAGUGAUGGAUCGCAUUCGCAUGCGUGAAAGCUGGGUGCCUCCUCCACACCUAUGUAGCUUUGAUAGUUUUGAGUCAUCGAGCCUCUUCCAAGGUUCAGUGUUCUCAAGACAUCCAAAGUGGGUCAAUUCAACAUCGCUUCCCCACCUCUCCACCCUGGCAAUAACUGUGUUCAAACUGCAAGAGGGUGACAUUCAGAUCAUUGCGAUGCUGCCUGCUCUUCGGUCUCUGCGGUUGUGUGGAAGACGUGUGAUGGGAACGUUGGUUGUGAUGGCUGACGCAUUCCCAUGUGCAAGAUUCUGCACAUUCACCGGGUUUCUGACGCCACCGUGCCUUUUUCCACCUGGAGCCAUGCCAAAGGUUGAGCACCUUGGUUUUGAGGUCUUUGCACAGUCGAUCGCGAGUGGUGAGCUUGACUGUGGCAUGGGGCAUCUCCCUUCUCUCGAGCAUGUUGAGGUUGUUCUGGGGCAUGAUAAUUCCAGCGAUGAAGAGAUAGAGACAGCCAGGGCUUGGCUGAGGUGCGCAGCAGAAGCCCAUCCAAAUCGUCCCACCAUUGAAAUCCAGACAUAUGCUGGGUGACAUGCCUCUGCAGUCAGUAAGGCCUUCACUCAAUUCCUGGGGUCAGGUACUAGUAAUUCCGUCAGUUGCUUCAGAUAUCGUCACAACAUUUCAAUAGGCAACAAACAAUUGUACUAUGCCACUGCAGGCUCCAGCAUUGAUCUUGUUUGAUUCGUAUACCGCGUCAGCUCCCAAUAACGAAGGCUCAUUCUGUCCAGUAUGUUCCCAUUCUGUCUUUUUCUAGACAGGGACUUCCGACUGUUCCACAUGUUCAUCAUGAUGAACUGUUUACUUUUCCUGCAUAUGAUUUCAGUAAUGCAGUGCCGGAGGCUGUUUCUGCCUUGACUUAUUCUCAAUUGCACUGCCUUUUAUUCAAGCAAGACUCGAACAAUAAAAGGUCGCAUUCAGUUGGUACUGUACUCGGCGGCACUUCUUCUAUUUUGUAAUGCUACCUCUACAUUUUAAUUUCUCCAUUUGCUUGUUUCACAUAGUGAAUUGUCUUAUUUCACUUAUUGGCUAAAUGAAGAGUACUUGGGUACGUGGUUGAA